AUGGCGGACAACAAGGUCUAUCGCGCGAGCACUACCGCUCCGGUGAAUAUUGCUGUUGUCAAAUACUGGGGAAAGCGAGAUACGAAGCUCAACCUCCCUACCAACAGUUCCAUCUCCGUCACUCUCUCCCAGGCCGAUCUCCGGACCCUGACAACGGCCUCCUGCUCCAGCUCCUACCCCGGGGGUGAUAGCCUGGUGCUCAAUGGCGAGCCCUCAGACGUCUCUGGACCGCGUACUCAAGCCUGCUUUCGCGAAUUGAGAGCCCGUCGUGCCGCCCUCGAAGCUUCCAACGCCGCGCUUCCCAAGUUGUCAACCUUGGCCCUGAAGAUUGUCUCUGAGAAUAACUUCCCGACGGCUGCUGGUCUGGCGUCCUCCGCCGCCGGCUUCGCAGCUUUGGUCCAGGCCAUUGCCAACCUGUACGAACUGCCAGACUCGCCGUCAGAGCUGUCUCUGGUCGCUAGACAGGGUUCUGGGUCAGCAUGCCGCAGUCUCUUCGGCGGCUAUGUUGCGUGGAGGAUGGGUGACAAGGAGGACGGGAGCGACUCCGUGGCCGAUCUGAUCGCACCGGCAUCACACUGGCCCAACAUGCGUGCACUCGUCCUCGUUGUCAGCGCUGCCAAGAAGGGAGUUUCAUCCACCUCUGGCAUGCAACAAACCGUUGCCACAUCCGGCCUGUUCCAGCAGCGAAUCGCCCAAGUUGUGCCCGGCAAUAUGCGCAUCAUGGAGGAAGCCAUCAUGGCCAAGGACUUUGCCAAGUUUGCCGAGGUUACCAUGCGCGACUCGAAUUCGUUCCAUGCCUGCUGUGCCGAUACAUAUCCCCCCAUCUUUUACAUGAACGACGUCUCCCGAGCGGCCAUCCGGGCCGUGGAGUCGAUUAAUUCCAAGGCUGGGAGGACGAUUGCCGCCUACACCUUUGAUGCCGGUCCAAACUGUGUCGUCUACUAUCUCGAGGAAGAUGGCUCCGCUGUGCUCGGGACGUUUGCAGGCGUCCUGAAUGGUGUCUCUGGCUGGAAAGCAGAUGGCGCGAGCGUCAGGGCUGGCGCAGAGCUGGAAGAUGGCAUUGCUAGCACGCUGAAGGACGGAGUGAGCAGGGUCAUCAUGACUGGCGUGGGUGAGGGUCCGUUGAAGACGGAGGAGUAUUUGGUGGGUGAGGACGGUCAGACUGUGAAAAGGUAG